CUAUUGGGUGUUGCGCAACGGCGGGGGUAGUUGCCAAGGCGACGCCAGGGAAGAUGGCUGCAACGCUUUCAUCGGAUUCCGACAGCGGGAAAGCUGAGAGCAACGAAGCCAAUUCGAAAUGGCUGGAUGCGCACUACGACCCCAUGGCCAACAUCCACACCUUCUCCUCCUGCCUGGCUCUGGCAGAUUUGCAUGGCGACGGGGAGUACAAGCUGGUGGUGGGAGACCUUGGCCCAGGUGGGCAGCAGCCCCGCCUGAAGGUGCUCAAAGGACCAACGGUGCUGACUGAAAACCCACUGCCUGCCCUGCCAGCCUCUGCUGCCACCUUCCUCAUGGAGCAACAUGAGCCCAGGACGCCAGCCCUGGCACUUGCCUCAGGGCCUUGUGUCUAUGUAUACAAGAAUCUUAGACCCUACUUCAAGUUCAGCCUGCCCCAAUUACCUCCAAACCCUCUGGAACAAGAUCUAUGGAAUCAAGCCAAAGAGGACCAGAUCGACCCCUUAACCCUGAAGGAGAUGCUGGAGGGCAUCCGGGAAAAGGCAGAGGUACCUUUGUCUGUACAGUCACUCAGGUUUCUGCAGCUGGAGCUGAGUGAAAUGGAGGCAUUUGUGAACCAGCACAAGGCCAAGGUUAUCAAGCGGCAGACAGUCAUCACCACCAUGACCACCCUGAAGAAAAACCUGGCGGAUGAGGAUGCGGUGUCAUGCCUGGUGCUGGGCACUGAGAACAAGGAGCUCCUAGUGCUUGACCCUGAGGCCUUCACCAUUUUGGCCAAGAUGAGUCUGCCCAGUGUCCCUGUCUUCCUGGAGGUUUCCGGCCAGUUUGAUGUGGAGUUCCGGCUGACUGCUGCCUGCCGAAAUGGGAGCAUCUAUAUCCUGAGAAGAGACUCAAAACACCCCAAGUAUUGCAUCGAGUUGAGUGCCCAACCUGUGGGGUUGGUCCGGGUACACAAGAUCCUGGUGGUGGGCAGCACCCAAGAGAGUCUGCAUGGCUUCACCCACAAGGGUAAGAAGCUGUGGACAGUGCAGAUGCCUGCAGCCAUCCUGACCAUGAACCUUCUGGAGCAGCGUUCCCGGGGCCUCCAAGCUGUCAUGGCUGCUCUGGCCAAUGGGGAAGUCCGCAUUUACCGUGACAAGGCCCUGCUUAAUGUCAUCCAUGCCCCUGAUGCUGUAACCAGCCUUUGCUUUGGCCGAUACGGGCGAGAAGACAACACCCUCAUCAUGACCACUCGAGGGGGUGGCCUGAUCAUCAAGAUCCUGAAGCGUACAGCAGUGUUUGUGGAAGGGACAGGUGAGACGGGCCCACCACUAGCACAGACCACAAAACUCAGUGUGCCCCGAAAGACCCGGCUGUAUGUGGAUCAGACCCUGCGAGAGCGGGAAGCUGGCACAGCCAUGCACCGAACCUUCCAGACAGACCUCUACCUACUGCGCCUGCGGGCUGCCAGAGCCUACGUACAGGCCCUGGAGUCCAGCCUGAGCCCCAUGUCAACCACAGCUCGGGAGCCACUCAAGCUGCAUGCUGUGGUUCAAGGCCUGGGUCCCACCUUUAAGCUCACACUUCACCUACAGAACACCUCGACAGCUCGGCCAGCACUGGGGCUGCAGGUCUGCUUCCUGUACAAUGAGGCCCUCUAUGCCCUGCCCCGGGCCUUCUUCAAGGUCCCUUUGCUGGUGCCAGGACUCAGUUACCCGCUGGAGACCUUUGUGGAGAGUCUCAGUAGCAAGGGCAUUUCAGACAUGAUCAAGGUGCUGGUGCUCCGGGAAGGCCAGAGUGCACCCCUGCUGAGUGCCCACAUCAACAUGCCUGUGAGUGAGGGCAUGGCAGCUGCCUGAGCCCUGGGCCAGCAUUCAAGCCUCCACACAAUGGAGCCAGCCAGAUCCACAACUUCAGUGCCCCCAGGCCAUGCCCCCACACUGCAGGGUAGUGAGGCAUCAGCUUUCUGUGCCUCUCUGAAAUAGUCCCUGCUCCCUACUCUCGCCACUGGGCCUGACCCACAAGACAGGGAGUGCUCGGAAUCAGCAACUCCUCCCUGGGAACCCUCUAGAGCACUGACCUGCUGCCUACCACCCUUCCCCGCUCUUUAAAGAAACCUCAGGUCCUAGGAAGAGACCUGAGGUGACCAAGGUGAGCAGAGGCCCCAUCCUUCCUUACUUCACUCAUCUGUUUGAGAUCAGCUCAAGGUCUUGGCCAGGAAUUCGGCUGCAACUGCUCUGUUGCCCUUUAAGGUUUCAGGGGGCAGACACAUGCGCUAAGCUCCCUCAUGAUAAAGGGACUCCUCUUUCUACCUUGCAGCCAGGAGACACAGGGCUGUCCACAAGUCUUAGACCAGCCACAAAGAUUGCCAGAGGAGGUGGGGCAAGAGGUAGAGGAGAUCCCUGUGAGGGGCUAGUGGUCCAGCCCCAGCCAAAGCUCCCACACUGCAGCUGCUCCUGACCUGAACGCUCGCAUCCACAGCAUCAUUCCUGAAAUGGAAUACCAGCCUAGAUAGCAGAGCUAGGGCUGACGACACCAGGAAGACCUGGGAAGUGGCCCAAGAAGCUGUGCCUACAAGUACCUGUCAGGGUACACUUAGGCCCAGGAACACAAGAUGGUCCAGAGGGUCAAAUGUUUCUGUGCAGUGGCCAGAAUAUGCACAAGGUCCCUGAAAAGGUACACAUGAGUGGUAUAGAACGAAGUUGAAGGCUAAAUGUGUUUAAAUUACAAGGGCCAGCAACCUCUGGCCCUCCUCAAAAACCAUUCUGAACCACUUGAGAACCAGGAGCCCUGCUCCAUGGAGACCAAUAUUUUCUCCUGUCUGACCAGGUUCAGCCUGGUGUGUGGCACAGGUACUAUGUGAGUGGGGUUGUGAUGUUACAAGUUGUGUAUGGGGUCAAAUGACAUUCUAGUCCCUUUCGCCCCAAUCAAGCUGUGAAAUAAGAACAAAACAUUUAAUGUGCUCUCUCUCCAUAGCUGUUCAUGAUGAUACAAAGGAGAGACACAUGCCCAGGCCCUACGAUGUAACACAGUAUCAUUCUAUGCACUGGUUAGCAAGAAAUGUGUGGCUGGGCCAAUGGUUGUGCUCACCUUUAAUUCCAGCACUUGGGAGGUAGAGACAAGCAGGUCUCUGUGAGUUCUAGGCCAGCCUGGUCUACAGAGUGAGUUCCAGGACAGCUGUUACUGUUACCCUGUCUAGAAAAAAAAAAAAAACAAAGAGGAGGGGGAAGAAAUGUAUGUCCUGCCCCUUAUGGACACAAAGGAACAUGAACUUAAACAGUGCAGAGUGCCCAGUACACACAGGAGUGAGAAUGCUAAGAAAUUAUGAACAUUAAGGAUGAGAAGAGUCUAUAUCUGUUUUCAUAAUACUUCAUUUGAAGUACACACCUAUGUAGUGAUCUGGAAUAGACUAUUUAAUAUAAAAUAAAUGCCUUCUUCCUAUUCCACAGGA